AGCUUUUCCCUGCGCUCUCCCCCAGCCCCCCUCUUUUGUUUCAAUAUUUAAUUGCAUUUCUUUCGGAAUUACUAGGCAACCCACCCCCAGAUGUGCAGUUUAAAGGUGAUGUGCUUGCAGUGUGAUUUUCAGGAUCUACUCCGUAGAGCACCAUCAUGUGAUACUGGGGUAAGGUGGAGUUCAGCUUUAAGGGGGAGUCUCCAGCCUUCCUCACCAAUCUUUAGGAUCUGACUGGAGAAAUACGAAAGGAUCCUUCUCCUUUCCCUGAUCUUUCUCCGUCCAGCGUCCUGGGCCAGCCCCUGAGCAGACCAAAGACAGGCAGAGCAGUAGCAAGGUGGUGCGAGGGAGAUGCGGCACUGAGGAGCGGGCUCGGCCCGGGCUGCGCUGCGGGGCUGACGGGCGCGUUCUGCACUCGGAGCGGUCUGGAUGAACGCGGAGGUGGUGAAGGUCGACGGCGAGUUGGAAACAACAUGAAUACCUCGGUUCUCGCCCCACUGGGAAAUAUUUCUGGCCACCUGAAUUUUUCGGAGAUGAACUCGCAGAUCUUGCAGUUUGAGGACGAAGAUUGCCAUGUGCCUUUGGCCAUGGUCUUCACUUUGGCCUUGGCUUACGGGACUGUGAUAAUUCUGGGAGUCUCUGGGAAUCUGGCCUUGAUUGUCAUUAUUUUGAAACAAAAGGAGAUGCGCAAUGUUACCAACAUCCUCAUUGUCAACCUGUCGUUUUCUGAUCUCCUAGUGACUAUCAUGUGUCUUCCCUUUACCUUCGUGUACACUUUAAUGGACCACUGGAUUUUUGGGGAGGCCAUGUGCAAGUUGAACCCUUUUGUGCAAUGUGCCUCCAUCACUGUCUCGGUCUUUUCUUUAGUCCUCAUUGCUAUUGAGCGCCAUCAGCUGAUCAUCAAUCCCCGCGGCUGGAGGCCAAACAACAGACAUGCCUACAUGGGGAUUGCUGCCAUAUGGAUUUUAGCCACAGCUUCCUCUUUGCCUUUCCUGAUCUACCACGUAUUAACAGAUGAGCCCUUCAGAAAUGUAACAUUUGAGGAAUAUAAGGACAAAUAUGUGUGCUUGGACCUGUUCCCCUUGGACACUGCCAGGCUUUCUUAUACCACAACGCUUUUGGUGAUUCAGUACUUUGGACCACUUUGUUUUAUAUUUAUUUGCUACUUGAAGAUAUACAUACGGUUAAAAAAAAGGAACAACAUGAUGGACAAGAUGAGAGACAGUAAGUACAGAUCCUCUGAAACCAAAAGGAUCAACAUCAUGCUGAUAUCAAUAGUGGUUGCAUUUGCAGUUUGCUGGCUGCCUCUCACCAUCUUCAAUAUCGUGUUUGAUUGGAAUCAUGAAAUUCUGCCUGUUGCUACCUGCAGCCACAACCUGUUGUUCCUGAUUUGCCACCUCACUGCCAUGAUCUCUACCUGUGUGAAUCCCAUCUUCUACGGGUUUCUCAAUAAGAACUUCCAAAGGGACCUGCAGUUUUUUUUUCAUUUUUGCCACUUCCACUCCCGUGAGGAGGAUUAUGAGACUAUAGCCAUGUCCACCAUGCACACAGAUGUUUCAAAAACCUCUUUGAAGCAGGCAAGCCCCGUCAUAUUUAAAAAAAUAAAUAGUGAUGAUGAUGAAAAAAUAUAAAGAAGUAAUAAAAAAUUCUACACCGAACUGCAAGAAGUGUGAUUGCAGGUGAAGUGUGUCCAAGGACAAGCACAAUUACAUAACAAGUACAAAAAGGGUAAUGUUUUUCUUCCUUUUCCAAGGAACUUUGAUUGUUGUCACUUUGAAAUUAUGUGCUGUGCAUUUUUGCCCCUUCUACUGCUUUAAUGUUCACAGAAGUUAUAUCUGAAUUUUAUUAUAAGACAUAGUCAGACCUGCUACUACCUAUGGUUUUCAUCAGCCAUUUUUGUUCUGUUUUCUUUGUACAGUUCUGUGCUUUAGCACAAAGGUUUAUUUAUUGGGUUUUUUUCCAAAGAAGUAGUUCUCAGGAGUGUCCAUUUAAGACCAUUAGAAACAAUAUGAACCACAGGGACACUGUCAUUACAGAAGAUAUCCACCAAAGAAUAAAAUUAGGAAAUUCUGAUUUGAAGAGGACUUCUUUUUUUUUUUUUAAUUCAUCUUUUGAUCAAUGUUAAAAUCCUGUAAAACCAGUGUAGGUAUGCAAAAAAAAAAAAAAAAAAAAAGGAAUUCUGUGUAACCUGUAGAAUAUGUUUAAAUGGGUACAUACAAUUGUCUCAUUCACAGAGGCAAUUUAGGCUGUAAUCACUUAGUUUCAAAAAGAGGAUUAAGAAAGAAAUUCUGUUCUCAUUUACAAGAAUAAAACCCUACAGUAAUUCCACAGAGCACAAUGGGAUAACUGAUGUUUCAGCACAGCAAAUGAAAAUAUAAAUGGGCCUCCAGUCCCAAAUGAUUACAGCUGGUUUUAAUAACACAGGCUUUUUAAUUUAAAAAAUCCAAACCCCAUUUUCAUCUGCCAUCAGUGAUAGAAGUUAACUGUUGCUGGGAUGAAAUGCACCAUCUGUUCCAAGCCUAUGAACCACGUAAAUUCUCCUUGAGACUUAUGUCCAGAAUCUAGAGGGAGAUGGGACUGUUUGCUAUCUGGACAAGGUGCAAUUCCAUCCUCACAGGUGACAGAGAAAUUCAGGUCUGGUAUUAAAAAAGUAAGAUUGAGCUACCUGAGUUUUUUCAUAGUAAUUAGUGCUGAUCUAUAUAAAUUAUGUAUAGCCUCAUAAUACUUUGUGUUCAGAUGCAAUGGCAUAAACCUGGAUAAUCUCCAAGACAAUGGAUGGUUUAAUCAAGACCCACAAAAUUUAAAAGAAGGAUACGGAUAUAAUUUGGGUAUAAUUGGUAAGUUUAGCUUCCAAGUUCACAGUUCCCACAGUUGGCUGAAGUGUGGAAACAUUUGCCAAAUAUACACAAUAGACCUCUGUUACUGCUUAAAAUAUAUAUCCUCUAAUUACCCAAAAUAUUCAUGACUAGAUCCCAGUUGAGGGAAACCAUAUAACUUGACUACUGUAAAUGAAAUUACAACAAUAUCAGCCAGCUGAGGUUCAGUGUCAUACAGUGUACUUUGCUAUAUCAUCAAUGUCUUUUUGAAUAAUCAGCUUUUUAAAAUACAAUAUAGACCGUACUUUCUUUCAACAAGGUCACUUUAAAUCAUUCGGGCAGACAAGAGGGUCUUUAAAAUGGAUAUAAAUGUAAAUGCAGCAUAAGUGGAAAUCUGAUCUGAUAUAUUUCUAAGCAAAAGUAUCUCAGAAUGUUAUAGUGAAUUUAAUAUGUUCUAAAUUUGACAUAGAUAAAUGCCUAAGAAAUUAAAAUUAUUUGGGUUGCCAGCAUUUAAAAGUGAAAAACUGUGCCUUGUGCUGUCUUAUAAAUAGUGUAGAAUAUUAAAGUAGCAAUGUGUUCUUGUGCAUUAUAAUUCCAUGUAUUUCUCUACUGGAAGAUAAUUUAAUUUAAAAGGAGCUUUCUGUGCUUGAGAACAGAGACAGAAUGUAGAAAAUUAAUUAUAAGACAAAAGGUUCUUUUAGAGCUUUGGCCUUUUGUAUUUGAUGAGAUUUCCUUUUUAUUUGUCCUUCUCCAUGGAAUGUGUUGUUAAUAAUUUGACAAGGGUUUCCCAAAAUUAUUUCCCUCUCACUUUGCAACAAUUUUCAUAUUUCAAAGGAUGUGUAUUUUCACAAUGAGAUACAAUGUACAAAAACAGCCAUGGGGGUUUUUUAUUAAUAAUGUCACAGUGGGUUUUUCCCAUUACAAAAAGUCACUGUGAAUUUUAUGGCUUUUCCCCCCCCUUUUUUUUUUAAAGCACUUUCUUUCAAUGUAGUGCAAAAAGAAAAUUCAGUCAUUUGAGAAACUUUACAGUUAGUUUGCUGGAAAUUUUUGAUCAAGCUGAAUUAGGUGCUUAUACAGAGUAGGUGUAGAGCAACUUUAGAGGAGCCUGCUGGUGCUCAGGGAGCUGAACCAGGUGUGUCCUAAGUUUUGGAGGUCUCCAGUGGAAUAGCAACAUAAUUCUUCCUAUGUCAACAUUUCUCCUGCUUGAGGUACAGUCUCAAAUCAUGCAGCCAAUCUGACACUGUGUUAUAGUAUCUCCUGAAAAUGCAUGUCAGGGGUUUUUUUUGCCCACCAGCACCUGAUAGACAGGAGCAUUCCUUCUGCUCAUCCUUGUUAAGCUCAGAAACAAUUUUUCCUCUGCACUGCUGUCCUAGGAUCAGGCUUCUUAUGUUUCCUCACUUCCCUGCAAGAAGCCUUUCUGAGCCUCUGCUAAGGACGCAGGUUAGUGCGUCGUCACACAAAUAGCACAGGGCACACUGCCUGUAAUGACAGUGGAAAUGAACACAGUGUAAAGACUUCAUUUUCUGCAGGAAAAUGCAUUUGGAGAAUUUCAGAGGCAAAAUCAUUGCUCUUCUGAAGAACUUGUUAUGAGGACAGAUAAAAGUAGUCUCUCUGAGGUGCUGACCUAAUAUCUGCAGGGCGUAGAUCAGAUCUACUGAGAGCAGUAUUUUUGUCUUUGGUUUCAUGACUUGAUGCUGGAGUUUGAGUCUCAAAAGCUGCAGAAGACUUUCCCCUCCUGACAGCCAGCUACAGUACUGAUCCUCUUUUUCAUUUUCAGAGCUCCAGCAUGGCUUCUCAUCCUCUAUAUGCUAAAUUUCUUUACAGGAUAAGCUGACAGGUUUUGUGUUUCACUAUAAUUUUUCAAUCAUUCUCGUUUGAUAUUUAUUUCUUCUACGUGCUGUUUUGUCAAGCGUCCCACACUUCAGCACAGACUGAUUCCUGUCUCAAAAGCCUGAAGAUCCCUUUUAUUCUUUCAGACUGGUAGAAAAGUUUUACUGACAGAAAAACAGAACAGUGAGUGAUCUAUAAUGUAUCUUAUUAUUUAUGUGUCAUACAUUUCAUGUCAAAUCUCCAGCCUUAAAUGACAAAUAUGACUAUUUAAUAAACAUCAGUAUUUACUUCAUUUGUCAGUUAUUUCAGCAUCUUAAACAUCACUUUGAUCAGCCACAAACAUUUAAAGUUUCUGCAUAAUCUAAAUAAACCAGCAUAUUUGUAUAUCAUGUUAAUAAAUGCGUCUGUAUUCCCAUUUUGCUUUCUUUUUAAAAAAAUGGUUGUGUCAUUGUUACUAUGUACAGUAAUUCACAACUUUCACGUCAACAUUAAAAAAAGGAUAAUAAGAAAGGAAGUGAUAAAUUGACAAUAAAACCUGCUUUUGGUAGGCUAGUACAGAACUGAAAAUUAAAAGCUAUAUAUCUAUAUGUAUCUAGUCAACACUGUCUUUAUGACCACAUAAAGAGAAAAGAUUUAAACCAGGAAAAUAAAUCAACAUGACAGAGCGCCCAAGGGACUUGAGCUGAUGCUGACUGCAUCUCAUCACUGAUGAAGGUGUGAAGGGUUAAGGGCUCAUAUAUUCUGACUCUGUGGUCUUGUACUACAGUACCAGCUAUUAUUAAUGGAUCCUAAAGGGAAAAUUUGAUGCUGAUUCAUAUUCAGACUGUAAAUCAGUAUGUGUUUCAAUCCAGGCUCGUAUAUCAAAUUCUCAUUUUGACCUCAGAGAAACAUUCUCAGAUCAAUGAAAUGGAGAAUUUUCUUAAAGUUAACCACUUGCCUAGGCAUUCUACUGAAUAAAACUGCAUUGCUGGCUGGCAGCUCAGACUCUUUCCUAAAAAUCAGAUUUUGGAUAUUAGCUUUUUACAGAAAUAAAUUAAUGGCAUAUAGUUGUUUGAUCUUUUUUUCUGGAUUCUUCUCUGGAUUUUUUUUCUUUUCUGGGCCUGAUAAUGCUUCAGUUUAAAGCUUUCCUUCCUACUUCUUUGUAUCAAAGAGUUUACCAAAGCAGUGCAUAGAGAAUGAAGACAAUAAGGAGAUUUUCUAUCUUCUUAUUUUUAAAGCAUACAAAACAGUAGGAAACACGAACUUAAGUAACAUCUCUGCCUGCAACAGAUUAAAUUCAUCCAGUUGAGUGGAAAAGGGAGAGGAAUAAUAAUUACAACCAAAUGAUAAAUUUUGUUGACAGUCAUUUCUCAGUUGAGGGAUAUAUACAACUCCAAGAUCUACCAUGCCCUUUUCAUUCUUGUGUUCUUUAGUAUGUGGUAUCUGCGUCCCUGAGUCAUUACUAAAUAGCCAAGCCAUUACUUAAGUUAACGUGAAAGAAAGUUCUUCUAUCCAGGCUUUGCAGAAUUUAAAUGUGUGAAUAUAACAUAUAAGAUGAAAAAAUGUGAUCAGCUUUGGCUUUUACACUUUAAUUAACCUGUGGUCAGGUUAUUACUUCUAUAAAAUUACUUCUAUUCUGUAUUUCCGCCCACGCAAAACAGUGUUAAUGGUCUAAUUGAAGUCGAUAUCUCAAAUAUUCAUGAGUGUGUUCACAAAUAUUAACUUCAGCUUUCCUAGCCUCCUCUGGCAGCAAGCCAAGGGCAUUCACACCUGCAGUACUCUGGUGCUAUGCAUUACCAAAAUGUCUUUCCCUCAGUUGUGUAUACAGGCUGCUAAGUGGGAGGACUGCCACCUUCCAGGGCAGCACUAGGCCUGGUGGCUACUGCCUCCCUUCCUCCAUCUUCCAUGGUGCCUCUGCUCUCACUUCAUAUUUCAUCCCUUUGGUAGCUGCUUUCUGAGGAAGCUGCAGAAGUUUGUACUCUGAUUUUGUAAAGUGCCUGAGUAUAUGAUAAAAUUCAACUCUAUUCAGGACUGUGCUUUAAAUAGUUUCUUUCAUUAAAAUGGUCUUCCGGCAAGUUUCUCAUAGGCAAAUUUCUCAAAAUUUAGAAGUACAUAAUUUUCAAAGCCUGUGUAGGAAAUAUGUCCAUACAGAACAUCCAGCUCAUGGCAGCAAAACUGACAGCACACACUGUCUUGUGUUUUCCAAAUAGCUGAAUUGAUGAUCUGGUUAUUUAUCAUAGGCAGGCUUAGUUACAAGAUACUUGCCCCAGAUGAAAACAUGUUUGAAACUGCUGUACAGGAGAUGCUCUGCAUGGUUAACUAACUUGCCACCAGUUACGCAACAUUUCAGAUAUACAGGGAAAUAGAGUUUGGAAGAGAGACAAAAAGCAGAUGGUCCAGAUGAAGCCUUGAUGCCUCCUAUCAGAUAUACACAAAAAGACCCAAAGGGAGACUCAGAUAUUUAUUUGCUUGGGGGGCCAACAGACUGACAGGUAAAUGGUUUUUCUGAGCAAACUGGUGGUCAAAGAAGUAUGUAUGAUAAACAGGUUCUCUGCUCCCAUUUCCAGAAAAAUAAUAUGGACCUUUAUAAAUUACUCUGAAAAUAUAUAUUUUAAGACUCUUUACCUUGGAUUAAUCUAAAUUGUUUUUUGAGACAAAGGAAACAAAACAGUUUUGGCACAAUUGAAAAAUAACAGCUUUUCAUUGCAUCCCCCACUGCACACAAGUCCAUUUGCUUCCACUUCUGCACAACAUGGAGAAGGUUUAUUUAUGGCAGGAGGAGUAACCUGAUCAACAAAGCCCUCCUUUUCCCUCUUGGCUCAUAUCCAUGCUGACACUGUGCUGCUGUUUUUCCCUUUGCAAUCUUCUCCCUCCUGCUCCAGCCUCUCCCAAGCUAUGAAGUUUUUAUUAUGCUGUUUAUAUUGUUUCUUAAUAAAAGCUGUCUGUGAAAAGAUGUCCUUGAAAGAUCCUCUUAGAUGUGUGCUUGAACAUAUGGGUGAGAGGCCAUAUAGGACUUGUAGAAAUAUGACUGGAAACGUGAAGGUGUUUCAGGCAAUAGAGAAGUUGAAAAUGUAGUUGUUGCAUAGUUAUUUAGCUCUUUUCAUUUAAAGCUGUUUUUACAAUUUUAAUUUAUGUAAUCUAAAUGUCAGCUUACUUUACCUAUCUAGAGUAAACUUUCUCUUGGUGAUGAGCCACCAGAGGCAUUCAGCGAGAGGAGACACUGGGUAACCCAAUUUGUAUCCUUAUUUAGCCUUAUAGCCUCUCGCUGUUGCCUACAAGCUUCUCAUUGUACUAUACUUGAAGAUAUAUAUGGAAAAGUCUUCACUUCUUUCUCUUUAGGACUAGUAAAAGUUGUAUAAUUAAGAGAUGUAAGAGAUAGUACUGGAUUAUCUUUUCUGAUUUUUAUUUCCAUUAUUAUUAUUAUGACUGUAAUGUUUGAGGCUCUUCAAUUAAGCUUUGACUUAUUAUGUCACCAUGCUGACAUGCAAAUAAUUAGACAGGUGCUGAAGUAAGAGCCUUAAAGCUUCAUCUAAAACACUGCAAGUUUAAUGAAAAGCUUCCCAUUGACUUCAAUGAGCAUUGGGUGAGGUAUUUGUUUCAAGUGAUACUAAGGUGCAAUACAGGUCUGAACAUCUGCAUUUGUCCAAGGGACAAAUUAAAAAGUCAUCUUCAGCUGGUCCUUACAGAAUGGUUAUCCUCGUAAGUUCUUCUGUGAGUUUUACUCUGAUGUAUUUUCUUGACACGGUUACAAGUUAAAUGUGUCUGCUGAGCUGCCUGGCUUACUGAUUUAAACCAAUUUGCUUCACAGAGAAUUGAAGAGGGUACUAGCAAUUCAUCACUAGUAAGAGUGUGGGCGUUUUUUUUUUUGAUGAGGAUGAUGAUGAUGAUUACUACUACUGCUGCUUUUUUCACUUUAUACAAAAUAAAAACCAAAAAAGAUCACUGACAGCCAGACAGCAUAGUUUUGUUUACAUUUGAAAUUCACUUCAGGAAGUAAAGAAUCUCAGCCUGCAGCACAGGCUGUGGAUUUACCUGGUAGAGGCACAGCUUUAGCAAUCAUGAAUAAAACCACUGCAAAUAGUUGGUUAAAAACAAGUAUCUUCAGAGUUGGAUAAGGUCACAUUUAAGUCAGUAUACAGAAACUUGAAUCAAAUAUGAAUGUUUUUUGUGGUGGACAUUAUGCAUUCAGAUAACCAAGUGACUCAAUGAAAUUAUAAAGCCUGAGCCUGCUCUCAUUCAUAUUAGUCAAGUGCUUCAGGAACAUCUCUGAUAUUGUUCAGAAGGUUAUGGCAUGGAUGAGGCAGGUAAAUGAAAUCAAUCUGUGAAGCUGUCAGAUUGGCUUUUUAGACUCAUAGAUUUUAUGUUACCUAGGAUUAGGGUAACAUAAGGAAAUGAAGUACCUUGGCUUUUGAAUUCCUUGAUAAUUUUCACUCAGUCCUGACAGAUUUGCUAAAGCUUUCUGAGGGUGAAAUGGUAUUGGAUAAGCUGAGUACCUGUUAUUUAAAUAGCGUUGUUCUUUUAAGCAGGACAUACACAUUACAGGUGUUAGCAUCCGAAGUCUUACAUUCUACACAGUAGAAUAUAGAUAUACAUGUUUACUAUCACUUAUAGAAGGAUUUUAAAAUGCUGACUUCAAGCGAAUUUUAUACAUUUACAUAAAACCCUUAACCUUUAGCAGUUCUUAGGUUCAGAGCAUGUUUUGCAGAAUAAACAAACCAAGCAGUGCUGACUGUGCAGUUUGUUUUAGUGAAAGGGUUUUGGUUUCUCUGACUCUGGGACCCUGUCUGAGGAUCAGCAUCUGCUUGGGAGACAUGGGAUCCAGCUCACUAAAUGAGGUAAAGGUAUCUUUGCCAGCAGGAUGUCUGACUUCCUAAGAAGGGCUUUGAACUGGGAGUGAUGUGAAAUGAAGACCAUUGCCAGCAGCCUGUGAGGGAAUGAGGGACAGAGCUGUCUAGCAAAGGACCUAGAGUGGUGUGAGUGAAGGCAAACACCAAAACCACAAUAAAGAGCUUAAAUUACCUUAAGCAUUUUCAGGAAGAAAGGAAGUGCCUAUAAGACACCAGUUUGGGAAAAAUUCCCCAAUCCUUUCUGGGAAAUGGCAUGUCAAAGUGUCUCUGAAGUGCCUGUACACCAAUGCAUGCAGCAUGGGGAACAAAUGUGAGUAAGUAGAGAAAUGCAUGGGAUUGCAGGGCUAUGGUCUUGUUGGGAUCAUGGCAAUAGAGUGGCAUGGCUCCCAUGACUGCAAUAAUGCAAUGGAGGGAUACAGGCCCUUUAGGAAGGACAGGAUAGGAAGACAAAGAGGCGGAGUUGCCCUUUAUGGGAGAGAGCAGUUAGAGUAUAUGGAGCCCUUCUGAAGAUGGAUGAGGAGCCAGCUGAGAACUUAUGGGAGAGGAUUAAACAACAAACAGUAUGGAUGACACUGUAGGGGGUGUCCGCCAUACGCUGCCUGCUCAGGGAAGCAGCAGAUGAUGCCAGAAGAAGCCUCAUGUUCACAGACAGGCCCUGAUCCUUGUGGUGGACUUUAACCACCCUGAUAACUGCAAAGCAUUUAGUAAUCCAGGAAGUUCCUGGAGAGCCCUGAUGAAAAUUUCCUGACAGACAUGACAGAGAAAUCAGUGAGAAGAUCUGAUACACCUCAUACUUGAAAAUAAGGAAGAGCUUGUCAGGGAUGUGAAGACUGAAGGCAGUAUUGUCUUCAGUGACAGUGGAGUUCAGACUACUAAAAGAAGAGAGCAAGGAAAACAGCAAGAUCCCAGCCCUGACCAUUAGGAGGGCAGACUUUGGCCUCUUCAUGGAUCUGCCUGAAACAGUCUCACAGGAUAAGGCUAUGGAGGGAAGAGGGGACCAGGCUGGCUGUUUGAUAUUCAAGGAUCAUCUCUUCAAAGCUCAAGAACAGUCCAUCACAAUGAGCAAGAAGUUAAGCAGUGAUAGCACAAGGCUUGCAUGGAUCAACAAGAAGCUCCUAGGAAAACUCAACCAUAAAAAGCAAACUUAAGGAAAGGGGAAAAAGUGACAGGUAACAUGAGAAGAAUAUAGAAACAAUUCUUGAGCAUGCAAGACAGGAUUAGGAAGGGCAAAGCUCAACAGAAAUUGAGUCUGGUGAGAGAACAAGGCAACAAGAAAGGCAGCAGGAUGGGCUUCUGUAAGUACAUAAGCAGCAAAAGGAAGACUAGGGAAUAUGUGGGCUUGCUGCUAAGUGGGAUAGGGGCCCAGUGUCAGAGGGCAUUGAAGAGGCUGAUGUACCAAAUGCUUUCUUUCCUUCAUCUUCAUUAGUACAACCAGCCUUCAGAAAUCCCAGGACCUGGAGACCAGAGGGAAAAGCAAGAACAAGGAAGGCAUACCCUUGGUAGAAGAUGUUCAGGUUAGGGAGUACUUAAGCAACUGGACAUAAAUAAAUCCAUUGGAUCUGUUGGAAUGCAGCCGUCCCUCACAGUUAUUGAACAACAGAUCCCGAAAACCAUUUCCAGGUUCGUGAAGGACAGGAAGGUGAUCAGUCGUCAGUAUGGGUUCUCAAAAGGGAAGUCAUACUUAACCAACCUGAUAGCCUUCUGUGAAGAUGAUUAUCUUACCAAGCCAGCUACUGGCAUGGUAGAUGAGGGGGAGCAGUGGAUAUUGUCUACCUUGCCUUCAGUAAGAGCAUGUUUAAGUUUGAACAGCAGCCCCAGUCUCUGAAAAAGCCUUUUUACUUAUUUUGCAAAUGUUUCAAUGCUGACACAUUGUCAUGUAUUGCUUUUACUAAUCCAUUAAGGAUUGAGCCAAGCAACCUUUCAUAUAGAAGUAUGGCCACUUACUUCACUGUUGACCAAAUUUGGUGUAAUAAGCUUUUAGAUAGACCUUUUAAACUAUAUAUGAGUUAUAUAAGCACUGUUAGAAAAGCAUCGAAUAUAAGAGUAGCUUGGUGCAGCUGUAGUCUUUCAAGUUUGGGGAAGAUUGGGAGCUAUGCCGGUAAAAGCAUUUUUAUCAGUGCCCAAGUAAGGAAAAUAAUGGAAGACCCACACUUGCCUGCUGUAUUUGGCAGCAGCCAUCCAGCCAUGUUAUCAAUAGAUAGGGCAACAAGUAUGCUGUUAUGUCUGAGCUAGGUAGUGCAACAUGGUAAGGAGGACCAUGGGGCUCAACAGUUAUGGAGCACAACCAAGAGUUGUGGUAAUGGAGUUUUAGCCCCUAUGGAAAAAUAUGAGGGGAGAGUUGAGCCAAAUUUUGUGGGCUGAGAACAGGCCAUGGAGACAUGGAAUCUGAAUGUUAAUAAUUUUGUUAUUUAGAAUAACCUGUAGUAGGAAAUGUAUGACAAUUCUCAGUUCCUAGGCUAAGCUUUAGUACAUGUGUUUGUCAAAGUUUGUGUUUGGAGCAUUUUUAUUUUUUAAAUAAAACUCAGAACUAUUUGGAUAGUAAAAUCCAGUUUAUCAUGGUUCCUGUUUUAGAGAGACAACUUGUCAUUGAAGGUGCUGAAUGUACAAAUUAUUCUAUUGCAACUCUAGAGCUGGUUGAAUUUGAAAGAGUUCUGAUUGCUCUAAAAUACUUUGCUUACUAGGUACGAUACAUCUUUUCAAAAAAGCUAAAGAUGAAGUAAUGAUUUUGAUGAGAAUAUAUGCCAUGCUACUAGCUUUAAAAUAAAGACAUGAGUGUUAUUCAUUCAUUUUAACUAAAAAUUGGUGCUAGCCCUGUCACACUGGGUAUUACCACUUGAUUUCUUGCAUGGUUUUCUUAGAAAUGCAAUGUCGUUUGUACGAUUACUAUGAUUACAGUUAGGCAAAAAAAAAAGAGCCAGACAAAACCUCUCUGCCCUGAACAUACAUUUUGACAUGAUUUCUUAAACCCCUCUCUAUCAAACACCACUUCAACCUGUGUUUUUAGUUCAGGGUAGCAGAGAGAGAGUUUUGAUGCCAUAAAAAUCUCACUGAAGGCUUCUGCUGCUACUGACCCAAUCUGAAAGCUAUGCUGAUUUUUCAGUGCUCUCUGGAAGCGGAUCCCUGCUAACAGGAGUAUUUAAUUAUACCUGAAACUAUUCUGCUACUGUGCCCUAUAGUUAGCCAGAAUUCAAGAUCGGUUGAGGCUGCUCUGAUUAGACAGAAGCUGAGAUAAACAUUUAAAUUUCUUUAUGCAAUGCUAUUUAAAAACUCUUUUAUACAGUACUGUUUCCAGAAAAACAGGAAGACAAGUUGCAAGUGAGCCUGGGUUUAAGAAGCUCUCUGUUUCCUUUCAGUGUUGUGUUUGCAACUCUUUACACUGACCCUCUGUAUUCACAUUGCAGGCAGCCACUGCUGGGACCACAAAAAUGACAAUCACACAGACCUCUUGUAGGUAUUGUACAGGAUUAAGCAAUCCCUUUCCCCACCUUUCUCUCUUCCCACACCUACGCAUCACAAGCACUUGUCACACUGAAGGGUAAACUAAGCUGUGGCAUAGAUCCAGCUUAAGAACAAUAAACCUAACAAUAAAGAAGGGAUUUGGAUGGAGGAAUUGGUCCCAUUUGUCAGCUGGUUACACAAACACUUGUUCUGGUGUGAAGGGCAGAGGUUGGUGGGAGGAAUGAGUGAAUGUCAAAGGAUGGGAAUGCACAGUGCUUAGGCUGACAUGGCCACAUAAAUGUAUUAGUGAAACUGCACCCUAACUAUUUAAUAAGGAAAGUACUUCUUAAUCCAUCAGUGUUAGCUCUGACCUGCUAUGAGGUCAGCUAUUUUGGGUGGCCCCCAUUGUGUGAACAGCUGGUUUUGCCAAACAAAAAGGCUUGGUUGGACUUUGUCUAGAGCCUGAGUACUUGCUGCUUUAAAGGAGCCUGCUCUUGUCUUAGGAUUUAAGCUUUGCAUUCUGACAACCAUUACUGCUUUUCCAUACAGAAACACCUUUCAUGCCCACUAUGCUAUAGAAGCUGUUACCUCUUUCCCAAGAAAUAUAAUAAUCAUGGAAGUUUUCUAGUAAACUCUACAAUCAUGUGCACUGAUCCAUGGUGUGAGUCUUUGGAUUCCAAAACCUGGUAUUUCUGUGGGGUUUUUCUCUUUUCUUCACCUGGAAACUGUGUGGAAGAGACAGAUUGUUGCAGGGCUACAUCCAAUGAUAAAAGAAAGAAUUAUGUCAUUGAGUCAAAACUGAAUUCAAGAAACUGCUGUGGUCAAGAUUCCGUUGAUUCUGUGAAUAGGCUAAGCAAUAUCAUUAGCCCUGAUAUUUGAGCUUUCUCCAAGCAUAUUCUGGUGUGCCAGUAGGUUCAAACUGUCUUGCUAAAAUCAAUCACCAUUACCAGCAAUUACUGUGUUGAAUCACUGUGAACUUCAAUUUUCAAUUCACUUUCAAAGUUUUAACUUAGAGGGAAUUGUCUUGAUUCAGCUAAGGUUGACUUAUGAAAUCAUAUAUGACUCAGCCUGUAUCCCCCCUUGCAAAGUGCUCAGAGACUGUGAUAUUUGAUACUCAUAAAAUGAGAGAGCUUUUUUACUGUGUUCACUGAAGCUUGUUUGCAUCAAAUAUUUAAGUUUGAACAGCAGCAUUUUCUUGAAAGAGAGAAAAAAUAACUAAGAUCUGAAAUGUGAAAUUGUUUUAACUGAGGUUCAGUCCAUAUAGAUAUAGAUGUGCACGUUGUAUUAAUAUCCGGUCUGGAGAUCUUUUAACUGACUGUAUUAGCAAGUAAUUGCAAAGACAUGUAUCUGGUUUACACAUUACAACUUUUGCAUAUAAAUGUGUAAUAAAUGCAUACAAACCCAUUGUUAGACAUAUUGGAAAGAUUACUUGGAAUAAAGUGACUGAAUUAAAAAUCUA